GGAGUAGAAAGUGCUGCACAGCCUCCACAUCAUGUCAUUGCGGCUUCUAGAGCACUCCGACCAGCUGGACAUAACGUUAUCAUAUUUGCAAGAACCCAAAGAGACGGAAGAGUCAGACAUCAUUACACGUCCAUUUGUUGGUGUUGAAAGUUUCAUAAAGUUUGAUGAAGAACUGCAGCACUCUCACAAGAAAAAGGAACAUCUGCAGCGACAGAUGAUAAAAAUUGGGGGCACAAGCAGUGGAGACAGAGCCAGACGCACCCUCUACAAGAUAAUUGCAGAUGAGGUGGCACAGCCAUUCAACUGGGCAGGGGCAGGCGGCAAAAUGAAGUUCAGUUCAUUAGAGUGCUGCAACGUGAUGUGUAGUGCUAUCAGCAAAGCAACAAAUGAAGGGACACUCGCCGAAGUAGAGAAAGCAAUACAAACGUGGCUGAGGCAUGCACGCGAAAGGCUGAGCAAGAAAGCAGCAAAAGAGCGUACAGCAUAGUGGUUCUACUCCUCCAACCUCAUCAAGAGAGUUCAGGAAACACUGAAGAGCUUAGUGCAGCUGGACUGAAUGGUUUUCACAUUGUUCUCACAUAUUUUCAAGUUUUUGCAUGUAUGUAUAUGUAUACAC